UCAACUCCGCACGGCCUCACAGACGCUGCAAAUACAAAUAGCCUUGUGUUGGCUGUGAAUGAGAUCACAAACUUCAUAUCUAGCUACAAUGGCCUAUAAUUCUUUCUCUCCCACUGUCUUCGUCUUCUUGAUCUUCUUGGUCUGCCUGCUCUCAUAUUCAGUUACGGAGGCUCGUCUGAUUCCGGCCAUGUAUGUUUUCGGAGACUCCCUAGUAGAUGCGGGCAACAACAACUACCUCAAGUAUUCAUUUGCCAAAGCAAACUUUCCUCACAAUGGAAUCGACUUCCCCACCAAAAAACCAACCGGCAGGUUCUGCAAUGGCAAGAAUGCUGCAGAUCUUAUUGCUGAGAAAAUGGGGUUGCCAACAAUACCACCAUAUCUCUCCAUGUCAUCCAAAUCAAACAAGAGCAGUGCACAGUUCUUAAACGGCGUCAACUUCGCAUCUGCAGCUUCCAAAAUCUUAAACGACAUAGAUCCACAAUAUCCCUUUUCCAUACCUCUGGAAAAACAAGUAGACUAUUAUUUGGCUGUGCAUAAAGACCUUGUUCAAGGGCUAGGCGUCUCUAGAGCACAGAAUCACCUAUCAAAAUCUAUGUUCCUCAUUACCACGGGAAACAAUGACAUCUACAACUACUUUGACUCGUUAAGUAACAGCACACAACAGCAGUAUGUGAGCUCCCUUGUUCACGUCUUCAAAGAACAAGUGAAGCGGUUAUAUGGUUAUGGUGCACGCAAAUUUUCAAUUACUGGGGUUGGAGUUAUUGGAUGCACACCAUCGGAAAGGAAUGAGCAGGCGGACAGAAAAUGCGAUGAAGAUGUAAAUCGAUUGGCCAUCAAGUACAAUCAAGCACUUGUAUCCAUGUUGAAGAAUUUGACAUCAGAGUUCAGAGGCAUAAACUACUCCUACUUUGAUGGUUACAGCGUCAUGCUGAACUUCAUCCAGAAACCAACAAUUCAUGGAUUUUCUGAGGUUAAGGCUGCUUGCUGCGGUCUUGGCAAGCUCAAUGCGGAUGCUCCUUGCCUGCCAUUUGCGACCUACUGCAGCAACAGAAGCGAUCAUCUCUUCUGGGAUAGAACACAUCCUACUGAGGCAGCUCAUCGCAAGCUUGUGGAUUAUAUUCUUUAUGGUCCUUUACGAUACUCGUUUCCGGUCAAUGUGAAAAAGCUAGUCGCCAUAUAGUUUUGUCAAUCUUCGUGCGUAUGAACACCUCAUUCAGAAAGUGAAAGAGCUAGUUGUCAGUGCUGCUUUGCAAUUUAGUCUUUCUGGGAUUUAUAUUCUGUUCCUAGCUCAUACAACGUGUAUGGUUUUCCCCUGUACGUUAUUGUUAAGUACGUACGUGAUACAACAUUAGAACCAUAUGGCCAUGUUUGGUUGACUGGAUGUAAGUUAAUUCCCUUCUCUUUUCCAUGGGGAAGGGAAGUUAGAAUUCAUAUCCAAAUUCCUUUCAUA